AUGUUUUCCACCCGCAGCAUCACGCUGCUCACAACGGCGCUGAGCGCCAUUCUCACUUCCGCUCCGGGCGCCCAGGCGGUACCUGCCUCGUCCCUGUCACUGAAGUCGCGACAGACCAGCUCCGGCUAUUGGCUGCCUCUGAUGCAGCACGACAGGGACACGGUCUGGAUGGGCGAGAGCAACGCAACAGUCUUCUACGAUGUCACUAAGCAUGGCGUCGACAACUCUGGCGCAUCCGACAUCUCAGGCCCACUCAACGACAUCCUCAACACGGGCUGCAACUGGGGCUGUAACUCUUCAACUGUCCAGCCCAUGAUUCUGUAUUUCCCUGCCGGUACUUAUCUCGUGUCGAAGCAAAUCAACAUGAGCUACUACUCGCAAUUCAUCGGCGACCCUACCAAUCGGCCAGUCAUCAAGGCCUCCGCCGAUUUUACCGGUAUGGCCGUCCUCGACGCAGACCCUUACUGGCAAGUCGGCCCCAAUGCAGUCAGCUCCUGGAUCAAUCAGAACAACUUCUUCCGUCAAGUGCGCAACUUCGUGAUGGACUUCACGGCCUCGGCAGACGGGGUUGCUGGCAUUCACUGGCAAGUCGCGCAGGCCACUUCCAUUCAGAACGUUGAUUUCAAGAUGAAGCCGGACAGUAAACAGCAGGGAAUCUUCAUGGACAAUGGCUCUGGUGGUUUCUUCAGCGAUCUCACGUUCGAAGGAGGCCUCGUCGGUGCCUUCCUUGGAAGCCAACAGUUCACCAGCCGGAACCUGAAGUUCACCAACUGCAAGACCGCAAUCUUCAUGAACUGGAAUUGGGGCUGGACGCUGUCCAACGUUUCCAUCACCGGCGGCGAUGUUGGUAUCGACAUGUCCAACAGCCCGUCGAACAUGACGGUCGGCUCUAUGAUUCUCGCUGACAGCACAAUCGACGGAAGCACGUAUGGUAUCAAGACUGCCUUUGGUGGCAAUGGCACCGGAUCUGCCGUCCCUGCCCAAGGAGGAACUCUCUACAUUAACAACGUUGAUAUGAGUACCGUCACCACCGCCGCGGUGUUCCAGAACGCGACUCAAGAAGUGCUCCUCAAGCCUGGCAAGAUCACUUCCUGGGCCCAGGGCAAUGGGUAUGAUAAGAGCGCGACCGCGAUCAAAGCUGACGGCGUCGUCACUGGCGCUCCCGUCAAGGCCUCUUCCCUCCUUGGCCCGGAUGGCAAGAUUUUCGGACGUAGCAAGCCGCAGUACGAGGAUGUCCCCGCCUCAAACUUCCUAUCUGCCAAAGUAAAGGGCGGAUGCGCAGGCGACGGUCAGACUGACGAUACCAAGUGCAUCAACGACUUCCUGGCGCUGGUUGCGAACACCUUGAACGCCAUUGCGUACUUCGAUCACGGCGCUUAUCUUGUGAAGGACACCAUCAAAGUUCCCAACAAGAUCAAGAUUGUCGGCUGCAUCUGGCCUCUGAUCGUGGCUGAUAGUGCCUGCUUCAGCGACAUCAACAACCCGAGGGCAGUUUUCCAGGUUGGCGAUCCCACCUCAGCAUCUGGUGGCGCAGUUGAGAUCAGCGACAUGCUCUUCACGACCAACGGCCCAGCACCCGGAGCAAUCAUGGUCGAAUGGAACGUGGACUCCGAGCAAGGCGACUCGGGCAUGUGGGACACCCACAUGCGUAUUGGUGGCGCUAAGGGCACGAAUCUUCAGGAACACCAGUGCCCGGGCUGGCCAACCUCCCAGCCAAGCAAGAAGUGCGAGGGCGUGUUCCUCAUGUUCCACGCCACGAAGUCUGCCAGCAACGUGUAUCUCGAGAAUGACUGGUUCUGGGUGGCCGACCACGACCUUGACACGCAGAACCAAACCCAAGUCUCGAUCUACAGCGCUCGCGGUGUUCUCAUGAACAACAAGGGCGCUGCCUGGCUGUGGGGCACGGCCUCUGAGCACUCUGCCAUGUACAACUACCAGCUCGAUGGCGUCGAGGCCUUCUUCGGCGGUUUCAUGCAGAGCGAGACUCCUUACUACCAGCCGUCGCCUGAAGCACCUCAACCUUUCACGCCCAAUCCCAAGUGGGACGACCCAGAGUUCACUAUUUGCCAGAACGCCACGAGCAGCUCUGGCGUUCCUUGCAAAGACGCCUGGGGCUUGCGCAUCGUGAACAGCAAAGGCGUCCUGAUCUAUGCCACGGGAAUGUAUUCCUUCUUCCAGAACUACGCCCAGACGUGCGUCCCGAACGAGAGCUGCCAGGAGAACAUGAUUCGGAUCCAAAACAGCGAGGUCGCCAUGUUCACCGUCACCACCAAGGCCUCGAUCAACAUGAUUGUGGACGACGCCCUCGACAAUGCUCCGGUCCUUGCGCAGGAUAACCGUGACGUCUACGGCGACACUCUGGCUUACUACUUCUCUCAGCAGCACUCUUAG